AUGGCGCAGUUCGCGCACGGCAUCUCGGCGCUGGACGUGACGCCGUCCGCGGCGCUCAGCGCGCCCGUGUGGCUGCUGGGGCGGCGCUACGAUGACGUGGCGGCCGCGGACUUCGACGCCUACAAGCGCAGCUUCGAGGCCAUCCUGUGGUUCACGUACCGCCGCGACUUCCCGCAGAUGACGCCCUACGACUUCACCUCGGACGCUGGCUGGGGCUGCAUGCUGCGCUCGGCGCAGAUGCUGCUGGGGCAGGCGCUGCAGCGCCGGCUCCUGGGCCGCGACUGGCGGCUGCCGGCGCUGUUCGAGGCCGAGAUCGACGCGCGCCUGCCCGACAAGUACGUGACGCUGCUGCGCUGGUUCGCGGACUCGCCCGACAUCGAGUGCCGAUACUCGAUCCACCACAUGGUCAAGCUGGGCAUGCAGUACGACAAGCUGCCGGGGGAGUGGUACGGCCCCACGACGGCCGCUCAAGUGCUGAGGGACCUGGUGAACCUCCACCGCCGCGAGUUUGGAGGGGAGCUGGCCAUGUACGUGCCUCAAGAAGGUGUGGUGUACACGGACGACGUGACGAGGCUCUGUUUCUUUGACCCUCUGCUGCAUCCCCCCACAGCCGAGGACAGCAGUGACUGGAGCACGGCACUGUUGAUCUUGAUCCCGCUAAGACUCGGACUCGACCAGGUGAACGAACGCUACGUGCCGGCGCUGGAGAAGACCUUCGCGUUCCCGCAGAGCGUCGGCAUCAUUGGAGGCAAGAAGGGUCACUCGGUGUAUUUCGUCGGCACGCAGCAAGAUCAGCUGCAUCUCCUGGAUCCGCACGACGUGCAUCCCGCUCCAGAACUCAACCCGGCCUUCCCCACAGCCACACAUUUACGCACAGUGCACUCCUCUCGCCCGCUCGUGAUGAACGUGACUGGCAUCGAUCCGUCGUUGGCACUGGGCUUCUUGUGUGACAACCGUGCUGACUACGAGGACUUCGAGAGGCGCGUACGUAUUCUCCACGAUGAAGUAAAGGCUGAUGGUGGCAUGUGCCCGUUCUCCGUCGCUGCUCACCGGCCGGACUACGCUGCAAGUGGAGGCGACCUGCUCAUGGCUGAUUGCCUCUCGGGUGACGACAUGAACGAGGAUGAAAUUGCAAGUGCUUCAGGCGGGGUAUCUGGCACCGGGGAAGAUGAUGAAGAUGACUACGUCCUUCUUUGA